AUGGACGAUACUGAGCGAGCAGGAUUAAUUGCAAAACUUGCAAAUGUUCAACCAAUUCAAAAACAUGUAAUUCGAUCAAAUAAACUUGGCCUUGAUUAUACUGUAUGGAUUCAAGAUGAAACCGGCAAUAAUUCAAAAUGCUAUGUUAUGACUCUACAUGAUCUUGGUUGUAGUCAUUCGAUUUUUACUGAAUUUGUUUCUCAACCGGAAAUGCGUCCACUUAAACAACGAAUUGUUUGGUUACAUGUUGAUUUACCUGGUCAAGAAGAUGAUGCAAAUGUUUUAAAUAUUGAAAGAUAUCCAAGUUUAGAUGAUAUUGCAAAUGAAUUAAUAAAUAUUCUUGAUCAAUUAAAUAUUCAACAAACAGUUAUAUUGGGUGAAGGUGCUGGAGCUAAUAUUGGAUGUCGUUUUGCUAUUGAACAUCCAUCACGUGUUCAUGGUCUUGUACUUGUUCAUCCAACAGGUACAACAGCUGGUUUUAUGGAAAUGAUGAAAGAUAAACUUAAUAAUUGGAAAUUAAUCAAUAAAGGAAUGAAUCCAGAUGCUGAAGCUUAUCUUAUAUGGCAUCGAUUUGGACGCGAUGCAGCUAAGGGUUAUAUUGAUUCACAAUUAACUGAAUCAAAUGUUCGUGAAUUUUCCGAAAAACUUUAUCAAAAACGAACACCAAAAAAUUUAGCUCUAUUUUUGGAUGCUUUUCUUAAUCGAACAAAUCUUGUUGAUAAAUUGGACAAAUUAACUGUUGAUUGUCUAGUUGCUGUUGGUAAAAAAAGUUCUGUAUUACAUACAACAGAAAAAUUCCAUGAACGACUACGUACUUCACGUGAUAAUCCACAAAAAAUGGUAAAUUCACCAUUACUGAUUAUAGAUAAUGUUGGCGAUAUACUUGGCGAAGCACCUGAUGUUUUAGCUAAAUCAAUGCAAUUCUUUUUACAAGGAAUCGGUUUAUUAUCUGGUUUACCAAUGGAAGCAGGUUUAGUUGGUUUAGGACGUUUAUCACGUUCGAUGUCAAUGGAAGAUGCUGAUCGUCCAAGACGAGCUUCUGGAGUUUAUGCAUCAUCACCUGGUACAGCUUCACCACCACUUGUUGGUUCACCACCAAAAUAG